UUCCCCGUGACAGCUCCAGUCUCUUCAGCUCACCGUCACAACUCCGCUCAUCAGAAAUCCAUCAGAAGACACCUCAAUCCCUCUUCAAUUCAUCCAAAACCAUUGCAAUGGCAUCCUCUCUCCGCAUGGCUGCGCCAAAGAUGGCCUCGAUGGCCGCUCAGAGCACCCGCCAGGUCGCUCGCCCACAGCAGUUCCAGAAGCUCGCCCGUGGCUUCCAGACUGCCGCUUCCCGCCAGACCACUGCCUUCAACACCAUGAAGCGCACCUCCACCAUUCUCCAGAGCGCCCGCGCCAAGGUCUCCCCAAUUGGUGCCCAGGCCAAGCGUGCCUACUCUUCUGAGAUGGCCAAUGCUCUCGUCCAGGUCUCUCAGAACCUUGGUAUGGGUUCUGCUGCCAUCGGUCUUGGUGGCGCUGGUAUUGGUAUUGGUCUCGUCUUCGCCGCCCUUCUCCAGUCUGUUGCCCGCAACCCAUCCCUCCGCGGCCAGCUUUUCUCAUACGCAAUUCUUGGUUUCGCUUUCGUCGAAGCCAUUGGUCUUUUCGACCUCAUGGUUGCCAUGAUGUGCAAGUACGUCUAAACGAAUAUCACGGUUUCGGCAUAGCAUAGCGGGCGUACCCUCGGGCGUUACUGUAACAGUAUGGGAGGAGCAAGAGCAUCGAAGGAUAGAGACACCGAUAGACCGAUAGAGAGCAGGCAAGGCAAACUCUUCGCUCGGAUAGAACUAGAGCUUGGAUCAUUGUACAUACGGAGCCUCACUUCGAAGACCUCGCGUAGAGGCAAAACGUUUUCAUCUGUCCUGUGG